CUACAUUAGCUGUCCUAAUUCCUCAGCUCAGCUAUCGAGAUCGAGGGCGGAAAUACUCAACACUACGCAAGUUCUUAUUGAGUAGUCCAUACUAAUCAUAAUGAACGACUCGGAACAAGAGUCGCAGCCAAAAGGCGCACCGCUGCCACUCGCAUCAGAGGUCAGCACAUCAUACAUCAACGAUGGCGAACACUUCGAAAUGACAAUCAAGUUCGCCCCCGAGCAACACUCCCAAAGUUGGCUUUUUAGGGACGACACCACUUUCGAGGACAUUCUCAUGGCCCUCGGCCACCAAUGGCCUGAAUACGAUUUUUUGAAAUCGAAAGCUAUCGUCGAGAAGCGCCAGUCACCACCAUCAUCAUCAUCAACAACAAAGACCAAAUCCCUCCUCAAGACUCCAGACGACGAUGCCCUCCCCAUGCAGCUCUACGCCGGCAACUCCCUCCGCUUCAUGGCCCCCAAGAAAUCAGCCCUCGAAUCCCUCCACGCUGCUUCCGCCUCGAUCGCCAAGCGCGAAGCAGCCCUCCAAGCCCAGCGGCGCAUGGCUUACAAAGGCCGACCAGCUCCAACAAGUAGCCAACGACCCGGUGCCGGUGGGAUCCACACCAUCAACGGCUCAGCAGAUUCAGACACCCGCUUCACCUUCCAAACCAUCCGGCCCCUCCCCCACCUCCCCAACCCCUCCCGGAGCCUUUCCUUUCUUAACCGGCUUGCCUCGGACCCCGGCAUCCGCGCCGCCAUGCGCUCUCACCAAUUCACCGUCGGCUUGUUAACAGAAAUGGACCCGGGGCAGUAUACCGCUUCUAAUCACGAGGGGACCACCCGCAUCUUGGGACUGAACCGCAACAAAGGGGAGGUGAUUGAACUUAGACUACGAACGGACGCGUACGAUGGGUACAGAGAUUACAAGACGAUCCGCAAGACGCUGUGUCAUGAGUUGGCGCACAAUGUGCAUGGGGAUCACGAUAGGCAGUUUUGGGAUUUGUGCAAGCAGAUUGAGAGGGAGGUAGAAAGGGCAGAUUAUACCAAAAACGGGAGGGUGGUGGGUGGGGAGGAGUAUGAGUAUGGGCCUGGGCCUGUGAACGAGUCGCCAGAUGAGGAGGAAGAGGAAGGUAUGGUGAUGGAUCAUGGAGGUUGGACAGGCGGGACGUAUGUGUUGGGUGCUAGUGAUGCGGUGCCGUCGUCCACGUCGGCUGAACCGGCUGGGUUGACUCGGAGGGAGAUCCUGGCGAAGGCAGCGGAGGAGAGGAUGAAGAAAGCGAGCGGUCCGAAGCAGGGCAGUGAGAAUGAGGAUGGACGUCGCGGAUAAAGAGCAGAGCUAUGCUACAAGCACGAUAACCUCUUUUGGCUUUUUAUGGGCAUUAUCAUCAUGAGUAGCGUUUUGGAUUUCGCAUAGCGUUUCAGGUAUAUGAUUACUCCUACAGGAUGAUACCAUGCAUACAAUUCUCAUGAUAUUCACGACGUC